ACACCUUUCACAACCAUGUUAUUUUUGCUGAGACGUCCGCCACGCCGAGACAUGCUGCUGUCGCUCGCCCUGCCGUGCAUCGCCCUGACCGCGCUGGCCCUUGCCACCCCGCUGGCGGAGGACCGCUCCCCGUCGCCACGACAGAAGGUGCUGCUCAUCUCCUUCGACGGCUUCCGCUGGGACUACGACCGCGACGUGGACACGCCGAACCUGGACGCCAUGGCCCGGGAUGGCGUCAAGGCGCAGUACGUCACGCCGCCAUACCUGACCAUCACCAGCCCCACACACUUCACACUGCUGACAGGGCUCUACAUCGAGAACCAUGGGGUGAUCCACAACAUGUGGUUCAACACCACCACCUCCGAGAAGAAGGCCUACUACCCCACCCAGUUUGUGGACGGUUGGUGGGACAACGGCUCCUUGCCCAUCUGGAUCACAGCCCAGAGACAGGGCCUGAAAGCUGGCUCCCUCCACUUCCCGGGCACAGCAGCCAGUUACCAGGGAGAGGUUGCCAUGGUGAGGGAGGUGGAGCCACGCUUCUACAACUACGGCAACGAGACCGCCUGGCGGGUGAACAUCGACAAGGUGAUGGGCUGGUUCGGCCCCGACGACCUGGACUUCGUAUCGCUGUACUUCGGCGAGCCCGACGGCGUGGGCCACAAGUUCGGCCCCGACUCGCCCCAGAGGAAGACCAUGGUGGCGCAGGUGGACCGCGCGGUGGGCUACCUGCGGGCGUCCGCCGAGCGCCACGGCCUCAGCGACCGCCUGAACGUGAUCAUCACCGCCGACCACGGCAUGACCCAGUUGUUCAAGAAGAGCGAGAUCAACCAGAUCAUACUGUCCAACAUCCCGGGCUUCUCCUUCAAGGACGUGGCCUUCCAGCUGUUGGACUACGGGCCCUCAGGCAUGCUGUUGCCCAAGCCCGGCAUGCUGGACAAGGUGUACAACGCGCUGAAGGGCGCACACCCGCACCUCAACGUCUACAAGAAGGAGGAGAUGCCCGCACGGAUGCACUUCUCCAACCACGAGAGGAUCCUGCCCAUCGUACUGUGGGCUGACCAGGGCUACCUCCUCAACGGGUUCCUCCCAGUGCAGGCAAACAAGGGAGAGCACGGCUUCGACAACCACAACCUGGACAUGAAGCCCUUCUUCCGGGCCGCGGGUCCCGUCUUCCGGAAGAACCUGAAGGUGGGGCCCUUCGAGACGGUGCACAUCUACCCCCUGAUGUGCCACAUCCUGGGGAUCCGACCCGAGGUCAACAACGGCCACCUGAACGCGACCCAACACAUGCUGGUCUCCUCUGCGGGCGAGGAUAACCCUGGGGUGAUGAGUACCAUGGAGAUGGCGGUAACGGGUCUGGCGGCGGUGGUCGGGUUCCUGGCCGUUGUCUUCAUCAUCCUGGUGUCGGUUAAAGUCUACAAGAGCAGGAAUGAAGACCGAGGAUCGAACGGCCCUGAUUUGGACAUGGAAAACACAAAUGCCACCACAUUCUGAGCCUUCCUCACACGGAGUUCAUCACCCUCCACAUGCUGACACUGAGGAGGCCUCGCCUGAAGAUCCCAUAUAAUGCUUUUUUCAGGGUUAAUAAAUGCAUUGGGGGUGGGGGGGGGUAGCCUACUACCAAAAUAGGUUUACAUACCUGUAUAUUAGAA